AUGUCUGCGGCCAUGUCAAUGCAGCCAAUGGUUCGCUACAUUCCAGUGCCCGUGUCCAUGGGACAAGGCAUUUCAAUGAGCGGCUUCAACGCAAUGGCGAUGAACGGAAGAGCGAACGAUUGGCAGUGCCCGAACACCGAGUGCGUGAAUAAUAGGCGCAUGGUCUUCGGCAAGCACGAUGCCUGUCCUCAGUGUGGCUCUGGCAAGCCUGGAAGAGGCGGAGCUAACCCUGGUGAUUGGCAGUGCCCUUCGCCAGAGUGCCAAAACCACAAGAAUUUUGUCUUCGCAAAGCACGAGCAAUGCCCCCGUUGCGGCGCGGCUCGCGGUGGGGCGAUCCGACAGCGAUCUCGCAGCCCAUUCAAGUGA